UCUUAUCAGUUCCUGAGUUUCCUAAAAGUCCUGAAAUAUCAUAAAUGGCUUAGUUUUGAAGACAAUACUGUACUCACAAGACGUUUUGCUGUCUGUACCUAUUGACAAAAGCAAAACAUGGGUAGGUCCAUAGCAACCAUGCGAGAAAUCAAACAAGCUCCAAGACAAGUUCCCAUCAAAGUAGGUUGUUUAUUAGCAACAGUCAAACAAGCAAUUUUCCCUCUUAAGCAGGUAAGCCACACAUCCAUUACAGCAACAGAAACGUAUUCUAAAAUCUUCAUGAAAAUAUGUUUCGUUAUAGGUAAGAUGUCCCAUAUCCGGCAGAUUCGACAGGCAUGCGAGUCUCUGCAACCACAACAUGCCGGGUGUCCGAUGUCUGAAAGCAGGGAUCAAUACACCAUUAAAUUCCCACUGAGACAGGAUUCGGCAAAAUUAAUCCAUUCAGCACCCCGUAUCAACUACCUUACUACAUCUCAGGCAGCCCUCCGGAACGAUCUGUUAAAAACAUGUAAGUCAAACCCGAAACCGCAUGAUUCCUUGAUUUGUCACAUGCCAGCAGACGCCUACAAAUUCGGUCAAAACUGUAACAAACCCGUCGAACGGCCAACCGGUGUCAUUUACACAAACGAAACUGGCUUUGCCAAACAUCUUGAUCCGUAUCUGAGCAUCACCGAGCGUGACUUCCCACCCCAUAUACAACCGCAAAAUGAUUGCAUAACUUUUUGGAACUGGAAUUCCAAUGGGCGGGAUCAAACUGUUGAGACCGUGGCCAGAAAACCAACCACCGUUCAGAGACAUCAGAUUCCAGUGCCGAAAAGACCGUUGCGAAAAGCAUUCACCUCGGAAUGCUCGUCCCAAUAUCGAGCUCCGACCAGUUGUGUCGGACCGAAAGCGGAUACCGUAUCGGCAAAAUUAGCUGUUUUGGAACCAACCGAUCCCGUACAAAGGUCUACCGAAUAUUGCACUUAUGGCAGCGGAGUCAAUUGUGCGAGAAUUUUGAAGCAGAGGAGGGUUUAACCGGCAUUUGUUCCAAAUUUGCUAGUUGAGUGUCGGGUUGUUCGCUUGUUUGCAACAAAACUGAGAUAUCUAUUUGUAAUUUUAUUGAAACGCCCACUACUACAAUUGUGUA